AUGCAUGCCAACGGGCGCUCUGCCUAUGUGUGCACUGUGCUAUAUAUAUAUACAUGCUGUGCAACUCUGUGUUUGUACACAGUGGACACCGGGCUGUAUGCAUAUGCCGGCUGCUGCCGGGCACGCCUGUGCGCUGUGCGUGCGGCAGUCUGCCGUGCCGAGGCGCCAGCCGGGCGCAGCGCUCCGCAUGGAGCGCACAGAGAGCGAUGCGCCGUCGGCGUUUCUGCAGCACAUUGUGGGCCGCCGUGUUCGCGUGCGUCUCAACUCGGGCAUCGACUACAAAGGUGGGGCAGCGCGGUGCGGCUUAGGGCUGACAGUGCAGGCGUCCUCUCGUGUCUCGACGGAUGUAUGAAUGUAGCGCUUGAAGACUGCCGUGAGUAUGUGCAGGGCGACCUCAAGAACGAGUAUGGCGAUGCAUUUAUUCGCGGCAACAAUGUCCUGUACAUUGCGGCCGACGUGUGUGGCGAUCGCGCGGCAGUCUGA